AUUUCCGUCUUUAGAUAUUUAAUUUGGAAAUCGGAAUACUGCCUGAAAAUUAUCAGAGCACAUUAGAUACUUUCUAUAUAGAUAUAUAUUUUGUGGUUAUUUGGUAUCUGAAAGACCGAUCACGAUGCAGAAUUGUGGGCGCGGAGAAGAUCACUUCCACUUCAUCCAGCGGACGGACCGGAAGAGUCUGCACACCCAGAUCGGCCAAUUGGUGGCGAAGGCGAAGCAGGUGGCUCUUCAGGAGCUGCAGGAAAGGAGCGCUCGCCUGAAGAACAUGCUCGAAGAGGAGGACAAGCGGUACGAGGAGGAGUUCUCCAAUACGGUGAAGACGCGUAUCGACCAGGACAUCAAAGAGCGUAAGGAGCAUCUGCACGCCAUCAAGGAACAGGUGGCCAAGCAGCAGAAGCAGUUCCUCGAGGAGAAGCACAUUCAGCAGGUGAUGCUCGAUUGCUACGAGAUACGCGAGGCACUACGCCACCAGGACCUUGUGGAGACGAAGAUCAUCCAGGAGGAACAGAUCCUUGAAAAUCAGCGCAAAAAGCGACGUGAGUGCGAGAUGGACCAGCGCUGGCAGGAGCUGAAUCGCAGGCGUUGGGCCCAGUUCGACUGCUUACAAGAGGACGAGAACUUUAAGCGGCAGCAGAUGCAGGCCCAGGUCAACCACGUCCUGGGUGUCCAGGUGGCCGAGCACGAGGAGAAACGGGCCCAGGAGGAGGCGGUGCGCCGCGAGGAGGAGCGGGUGAUCAACGCCCUGCUUGAGGAGAUCCGCCUGGAGGAGUUUGACAAGGAGCACACGCCGGCUUCGGUCAAGCAGCUUGAGUACCAGGACGAGCUCCUCAAGGAGAUCGAGCGGAAGCGGUGCGCCCGCCUCAAGGAGUGGGAGGAAGAGAAGGCCGAGCACUUGGCCUUCUGCCGGGAGACCCAGCGCCUGGAGGCGGAGGCCCGCGAGAAGAUCGAAAAGAACAAGAGGGAGCUCAACCGCGCCACCCUGGAGUACCUCGCCUAUCUGCGCCGCAUGCAGUCCCUCGAAUUGGGCAUCGAGAAGAUGAUGGAUGAGCGCACUGCCGAUCUCUACCAGCUGGAUAUCUGCACCAAGGUCAACCUUACAGAAAGAAUUCGCGUAAAGAAGGAGGCCGCUGAGAAGUGCUACGAAAUCCUGCGAAAGCAACUUUGUGACGAUUACGAGCGGCGCUUGCUUUUGGAGGCAGAGGUGCACGAGAAUAAGAUGCUGGAGAACCGCUUCGUCCAUCCGGAGAUCACCCACGAGAUGAAGUUAUGCCGACAGAUCAAGUACAAGGCCGAUCUGGACGCUCAGAUCGUUGAAAUGAAGCGCAUCCAGGCUGAGGAGGAGAAGAAGUUCGACAGCCAGCUGAUGGCCGCCGUCGACGAUCCGCUGGUGUGCAAGCGAUUGGCCAAAGAGAUCCUGGCCAGCGGCAUUGACUACCUAGCUCCGCACCCCAACUGGCGGGUGAUGGCCUGCAAUCCCAAUAAGUACGUUCCCCGAGCCCCCACCACCGAAAAGGAGUUCAACGCCCGGGUGGCGGCCGCCAGCUUGGACAAGUGUCCCUGUCCUCGGCAGGCGCGUAAGAACUGCGGCUUCAUGGCCGAGAUCGGGGAGGAGAUGGGUGGUGCAGGGGAUAUGUCAUCCAGAUCCAAGUCCAAGACCCAGUCUGUCGCAAUCGAACUGCCACAGAAGCCGCAGAAACCUGGCUUCCGGAAUUGCCACUGCAAAUUUUAUUGAUUUUUUUUUCGCUGUUGGGACUCUUGUGAGAACUCCUCUUGCCCAGCGAUCUUAAAUUGCAUUGAAUGUUAAAGACGAUAACAAAAAAUUCAAAAGAUAAAAAGUUGUUAUUUUA